AUGGCUCCGGUCAAUCUUGCGCAUCGCCGCACGCAUAAUCUGCUCCUGAUCUCGAAGUUAUUGAGUCUGAGAGACACGGCGUCACCGCUCACCCUGCUCCUGGACUCCCUGCAGCAACCAGCCACCCCACUCAUCCGCGAAUAUAUUCGACGUGCCAAGCUCUCCAAGGUUCAUGUCACGCUCGUUGCAUUUGAGACGCUGAAACAGCCCGAGGGUGUCGAUUCUUUCGUAUCGGCGCGCCGGAAGAGUUCGGCCGAAAUCGCCAGGGAAGUGGGUGCGGCACAGCAACUAGCUGGAUCUAAUUCCUCGCGACGUGAGUUGCCUGUCUUGAAUUACAUUGGUGCCAAACUGACGCUAGUGCCAGGCCGUCUGAUUCUCAUCGACUCCAUCAACCCACUACUGAACUCGAAGCGAUUCGAGCCGGGAUUCCAUCUACCCUCUUUCUUGAGCUCGUUCUUAGCCCCGCCAUCUGCGUCAGCAACCGCACAGCUUGACACAUCUCUGGUGGUAACAUACCACCUAGAUAGUCCUGGACCCUUUCCCCAGCACCCCUACUCUCCCUCUCCCUUGUCCCUUCUCACAUACAUGGCCACAAGCAUAAUCACCCUCCACUCAUUCUCACACAUUCUCGCACAAAAAGCUGCUCGAGACCGCAGCGUCGCCGAACCCGUCUUCGGAUUGGAUGAAGAACAAGACGGCGUUCUGUUCGGCCGAUCCGACAACACUGUCGAGGGAAUCGUGCUAGAGCUGGAACAUCGGCGGAAGAGCGGACGUGGUGUUUUGGAAUGGUAUCUUCUCCCACCCGCGUCGCGAUACUCACCACAGCACGUGAAAGAGGUCGUGACUUUGCUUGACGAUAACGUCUUGUAUAAUCCGCCAGUGCAGCAAGAUCCUGCCGCUGGAGACGAGGAGCCCGAGUCGACGUUUGAAUUGCGGCUUACGGAGCGGCAGAGGCGCGACAGGGAAGGCGUUGUGCUGCCUUACUUCGAUGCGCAGCAAGGGAACGGGCCGGGUGAAGGUGGUCGGAUUCUUUAUGAUAUGGGCGAGGAAGAUGAUUUCGACGAAGAAGAGGAUGAGAUCUAG